CGCCCGGAGGUCGCGAUGGCGGAUGUGUCCGAGAGGACGUUGCAGCUGUCCGUGCUGGUGGCUUUCGCCUCCGGCGUGCUGGUGGGCUGGCAGGCGAACCGGCUGCGGAGGCGCUACCUGGACUGGAGGAAGCGGAGGCUGCAGGACAAGCUGGCGGUGAUGCAGAAGAAGCUGGACCUGGCCUGAGCCCGCGCUGCCUCCUGUGCGCGUCCCUGGGCGGCCGCGUCGCCUUCCCGCUGCGGCCACCGGAGCCGGGUGUGCCCGCCGCGAGCCCGCCGCGCCCGCGGGGUCGUGUUGAAGAUGGAUCUAGAGCCCUGAAUGGAACUAAUUUCUUCUUGUAAAUUAUGAGUAAAUUUUAUUUUUAAAAUAAAAAAUAUUGACAUCUUUGAACCUUUUAUCAAAGCGAAAGACGUUGCUUGCCUACCAGUUUACUGCAUCAAGAAACCUGGGAGUCUCAAACCUUGUUUUGAGUAGAUAUAAUCUUUUUAAAAGGGAGUUUCCAAGCAGUGUUCAAGCGAAGUGGGGCCCCUCCCAUAUUGGUUGAAGGGGCAGUUCAAUACAAGGGCCAGAGGAUGCUCUUGGGCGACCACGUAGCAUGGCUCUGGGGUCCCUACAUGUGCCUUAAUCCCAAACUGUCUUUCUGGCCCCAGAUACAUUCUCUUUUCAGGAAUGUAUGCCAGUUCUUUGUACCUACUGCAAGACAGUUGGCCUAUGUGUCUUUUUGGUUAACUUUAUUUGAGGGGAUCUGCUUAGGGAAGCAGACAACUGAAAGUAACAGGUAAGAAUGAUAUAAAUGAUAGAAGACUUUGCUUUCUGAGAGUGACUGUAUGCCUUCAAGUACAGAGUAUAAGUGUUUCUUCUGGGUUUUUGUUUGGCAAAGACUUCAUUUAUGUAUUUUAGGAUAUACAUGUGAAGGAGAAACCCUCCUGAAUAGCACUUAGUGAUCAUUUUCAACUGUAAGAAUCAGUGGAUGACCAAGUGUCCAGUUAGCAUGCUUUUGCAAGACAUGAGUUUGAGAACAUGACCUCUGCUCAUUCCUCUAAAGAUUAAUUUUAUGGCUUAUCAAAUUGAAUAGCUUCAUAAAAAUAAGAAAAUUCUGAGGCAUUUCUAUAGGAAGCUUAUUUCUUCUAUCUUUUUUUUAAAUUAAUUUAUUUUUUUAAUUGAAUCACCAUGUGGAAAGUUACAAAGCUUUCAGGUUUAAGUCUGUUAUACAAUGCUUGAACACCCAUCCCUUCACCAGUGCAUAUAUUCCACCACCAAGAAUUGCAGUAUACCUCCCCCCACGCCCCUACCUCCCCAGCCCUCACUUUACUUUCACUUUGGAUUUCCUCCAUCUUUACUGGGGCUGCUGUGUUUUCUUGCUUUCAGCUUAAUUAUCAUUCUAAGAUGAUAUUACUCAGGGGCUAAAACUAGUUCUUAGAGCUCUGUGUCAGCUGGACUGCCAUUUGCUCAAGUAUAUCAGCCACCAUUCUUCAUCAAGACUUAGAAUUGAGGUGCUGUGAGAGGUCAGUUUCCUAAACCCGAGCCCCCAGUGGCUCCAAUCUGUUUCUGUGGGCAUGUGAGCUACUUCUGGUAACUGGUAACCCUGGUCUUUCGUAUGUUGAUUCCUUUCUGAUUACUUACUUGCAGUGCCUGACUCGCUCAUCUACUUCCCUUUCUGUCAUCCCUGUCCCGUUGGGCAUUUGCAACUUAUUCCUGAGAGUCUCUAGGUUUUUAGGUAGUUUUUUAGCCAAUACAUAGCACUCCUGAUAUUCCCCUAGCUUUUGGCCUGAUGCCUUUUUCCACUCUGUCCAUGUGUUCUUCACUCUGUCAGUUCCUUUCAUAAUUGCCUUUCACAUUCCCUGUCUAGCUCUCUACCCUGUCCUUCAACACUUUGGGUUUUUUUUUAUCCCUGAAACCUUUGACUCACAAGGAGAUGUUACUUUUCAUAUCAGCAAAAACUGACAACUGAUGUUGGGAGUCCUGGUCGAAUGGUUAACCUGGAAAUGAUACCAGGCGUUCAGCCAUCUCCCUCCUAUUGAACUCAUCUGGGUUCUGUACAGUGUGUAGCGUUCCUAUUUGUCUCUGUUGUUGUCAUCACAAGUUACCUGUGUAGGAACAUACUCCCCUGUCAUGCCUUUCUCCAUCUAUGUUCCAUCUCUCAGAUGCCUUGGAUCUUAUCACAGGCUUGGAUCUCAUCACAUUGUGCUAGGUUUCCCUUCUUUCUUUUCAAUUGGUAAACCUCCCUCAGAGGAAACGGCAUCCUCCACGCGUCAUCUCUGCACAUUGUCCACUCCAGAACACUGGUUUUCCCACCAUGAAACUGAUGUCAUCACUCAUCCCAGAUUUCCCUGUUUGGCUUAGUUUCCAUAUUCACUUCUGCCUUCCUGAGUCACCAAACUGGUAAGAAAAAGACCCUUCGCCUUCUUCACUUGACUAGGUCAGAUAGGUUCUAACAGCAGCUGUACUCAUCUGGGUUCUGUACAGUGUGUAGUGUUCCUGCACACUCCUUCAACUCCCAGUCUACAUCUCAUCCCUAGUUUGUAGAUCUUUCUCAACCAGAAAAACUGCCAGAUGGAAAUUCGUUUGUUAGCACUGGAGAGAGUGAAGGUUUUCCAUGGAGCUGCAUGUUAUAAUCACCUGAAGGCUGUGGGGAAGGGCUUUAUAAAUACUGAUCCCUGCAGCUGACCAGAAAUUCUUGAUGUUUGUAGAUUGGGGUGUAGGCAGUGAUCCUGAUGUUCUCAUAUAUGGGAUAUAAAGAAACAGAAUUACAAAUGGCCAAACUCAUUGGAAUUGAAGAUUUAUUUACAGAACUGAGUAGACGUGUUGGGGGUGGGAGGCUGUUGCUUGCAGGGCCCUUGGAACACUGGUGGAGUGAAGUGGGAUCUGGUGAUGAGCGUGAUGUUGGAAUGAUGUAUGCAUGAGAAGCAUAAUAGUAUUGUAAAUUCCAGCACAUCAAUAAAAUUGGCAACAUUUUGAUAGAUUUAUCAGUGCACUUUUUUGUUUUGUUUACCUUUUCAAGGUUGUUCUGAAGUAGAUUAACCCACUAAUAUAUUUUUGUGCAUUUA